AUGCGGAGGCCCGGGUCCCGCUCCAACGCACCGCUGUGUUGGCUGACAAGCACCAUAGGUGUGCCUUUUCGACGGUGCGCGGCCCCGUUUGCGUGUUCCGUUGGUAUUGCGCGGUUUCCCGUUUGCCGUGGUGCCAGCGUGCGACUGCUCUCGCGUCCACGACGGUACCAUAUGAGCAUAUCACGAGAACCGUUCGAAAACGACGACCAUUUAUGGAUUCGGCGCAUCGACGGCAAUAACGACGGUGAGUACAGAGGCGCCCUAGAGAACCUGUUUAUUGAAGCGCUGCGCUCAUACUAUGAAGGCAACCCGGUUCUCACCGACGGCGAAUUCAAGACUCUCCGUGACGAGUUGGAACAUUUAGGUUCUAGUUCUCUUCGGUUAAAUGACUUGGAGAAGGUUUGGAUUCAAGCUGCGCAGCAACGCGACAUGGACAGACGGCUCCUGAACGAGCUGCGUCUAAGUCCCGAAGAGCUCGACGGACUCAAGGCCAAGCUGGGAGCGAGUCGAACCAGCACCCUCGACAUGCAAAGCAUCCUCAAGUCUGAUUCGUCGAUGGACAAACGACUUAUGUAUCUGCUUUUCGGAGACGCAGUGGAGGAUCGGUUCAAGCUGCUGCUUCUUUACGCGCCCGCCGUGCUGCUUUGCCUAUCGAGUAUCCUGGGUUUUGCGCUCCUUGAUCUCAUCUGUCUCGGCCAUAUUCAGCUAACGUUCGAUGAUCAGGUCGCCGUUCGAGCGUCUGUGCUCUUCGUGGUCAUCGCUGUCGUAACUGCGUGGUUCAGCAACUACCUGACGCCACGAAUGCUGAGCUAUUUGGAUUUGGGCUCUCCGGAGGUAGUCCGGGGACCCUGUCCUAAUUGCGGAAACGAUGUGACCUGUCUUUUCUCGAGCGCUUCGGAUAGAAAGCGUGACGAGCGGCGCUGCAAACGCUGCGGCGCUAUCGUCGGCUUCAAUGUGGCGCAACGCAAGGUCUUUCUCGUAGCAAGACCGCAAGAUCGCAAGAAGCUCAGUGCGCCGGACUAG